GCGUCCGGCGGCCGCCCAGUGCCCCGCGCGCCCAUAGGGUGGUGCCUCUCGGGCGCCCCCAGGCCCGGACGCCAGAUCUCCAGGGCCAGCGCGCCUUCUCCCGCAGCCUGCCUGCAACCCUUUAUACCCAGCCAACCCGGCGCUCACUAAUGUUUAACUCGGGGCUGAAACUUGGAAGCGCUUUGUGACUACGCGCCCGGAGCUCCGGAGCUGCACGCGCGUCCGGGCGGCUCGCCAGACUUCUGCCUGCGCUCCGGCUCUGAAACUACAGUUUCGAAGCGACGCAGACCAUGAAGCCCGGGCCCCGACCCUCUUACCCAGACUGGGGCCAGAUGGCUGACUCUAACUGGACCUGACCUGCCCGGCUUGCAGACACCCUGGAAGGUGCUCCUGGGAUUGCUGGCGAUCGCUGCGCUCGUCACCGUCAUCACCGUGCCCGUGGUUCUGCUGACCAAAGGCAAUGAUGCUUCAACUGAUAGUCGCAGAACCUACACUCUAGCUGAUUAUUUAAAAAAUACUUUUAGAAUGAAGUUCUACAACUUGAGAUGGGUUUCAGAUCAUGAAUAUCUCUACAAACAAGAAAAUAAUAUCUUGCUAUUCAAUGCUGAAUAUGGAAACAGCUCCAUUUUCUUGGAGAACAGUACAUUUGAUGAAUUUGGACAUUCUAUAAAUGAUUAUUCGGUUUCUCCAGAUAGACAAUAUAUUCUCUUCGAAUACAACUAUGUGAAGCAAUGGAGGCAUUCCUACACAGCUUCCUAUGACAUUUAUGACUUAAAUAAAAGGCAGUUAAUUACAGAAGAGAGAAUCCCAAACAACACACAGUGGAUCACAUGGUCACCAGUGGGUCAUAAAUUGGCAUACGUUUGGAACAAUGAUAUUUAUGUGAAAAAUGAACCAAAUUCUCCAAGUCAGAGGAUCACACAAACUGGGCAAAAAGAUGUAAUCUAUAAUGGAAUAACUGACUGGGUUUAUGAAGAGGAAGUCUUCAGUACUUAUUCCGCUCUGUGGUGGUCUCCAAACGGCACUUUUUUAGCAUAUGCCCAAUUUAACGACACAGAAGUCCCGCUGAUUGAAUACUCCUUCUACUCCGAUGAGUCACUGCAAUACCCAAAGACCGUGAAGAUUCCAUAUCCAAAGGCAGGAGCUGUGAAUCCAACUGUAAAGUUCUUUGUUGUAGAUAUCAGCAGUCUCAGCCCGAACGUUAGUGCAACUUCCAAACAAAUUGUUCCUCCUGGUUCUAUGUUAAUAGGGGAUCACUACUUGUGUGGCGUGACAUGGGUAACAGAAGAAAGGAUUUCUUUGCAGUGGCUCCGCAGGAUUCAGAACUAUUCGAUCAUGGAUAUCUGUGACUAUGACAGGUCCACGGGAAGAUGGAUUUCCUCAGUGGCACGGCAACACAUUGAAAUAAGUACCACUGGCUGGGUUGGAAGAUUUAGGCCUGCAGAGCCUCAUUUUACCUCUGACGGGAAUAGCUUCUACAAGAUCAUUAGCAACGAAGAGGGUUACAAACACAUUUGUCACUUCCAAACAGAUAAGAGAAGUUGCACAUUUAUUACAAAAGGAGCCUGGGAGGUCAUUGGGAUAGAAGCUCUUACCAGUGAUUAUCUAUACUACAUUAGUAAUGAAUAUAAAGGAAUGCCAGGUGGAAGAAAUCUUUAUAAAAUCCAACUUAAUGACUAUACAAAAGUGAUGUGCCUCAGUUGUGAGCUGAAUCCAGACAGGUGUCAGUAUUACUCUGUAUCGUUCAGUCAAGAUGCAAAGUACUAUCAGCUGAGAUGUUCCGGUCCUGGUCUGCCCCUCUAUACUCUGCAUAACAGCAGCAAUGAUAAAGAACUGAGAGUCCUGGAAAACAAUUCAGAUUUGGAUCAAGUGCUGCAGGAUGUCCAGAUGCCCUCAAAGAAACUGGACUUCAUUCAUUUGCAUGGAACAAAAUUUUGGUAUCAGAUGAUCUUGCCCCCUCAUUUUGAUAAAUCCAAGAAAUAUCCUCUGCUAAUAGACGUAUAUGCAGGCCCCUGUAGUCAAAAAGCAGAUGCUAUCUUCAGACUCAACUGGGCUACUUACCUUGCAAGCACAGAAAACAUUGUAGUAGCUAGCUUUGAUGGCAGAGGAAGUGGUUACCAAGGAGAUAAGAUCAUGCAUGCAAUCAACAGAAGAUUGGGAACAUUUGAAGUUGAAGAUCAAAUUGAAGCAACCAGACAGUUUUCGAAAAUGGGAUUUGUGGACGACAAACGGAUUGCAAUUUGGGGCUGGUCAUACGGAGGGUACGUAACCUCAAUGGUGCUGGGAGCAGGAAGUGGUGUGUUCAAGUGUGGAAUAGCCGUGGCGCCUGUAUCCAGGUGGGAGUACUAUGACUCCGUGUACACAGAGCGUUACAUGGGUCUUCCAACUCCAGAAGACAACCUUGACUCUUACAGGAAUUCAACAGUCAUGAGCAGAGCUGAAAAUUUUAAACAAGUUGAGUACCUCCUUAUUCAUGGAACAGCAGAUGAUAACGUUCACUUUCAGCAGUCAGCUCAGAUCUCCAAAGCCCUGGUGGAUGCUGGAGUGGAUUUCCAGUCAAUGUGGUAUACAGAUGAAGACCAUGGGAUCGCCAGCAGCACAGCACACCAACACAUAUACACCCACAUGAGCCACUUCCUAAAACAAUGCUUCUCUCUACUUUAGCACCUCAGAACGGCAUGCCAUUUAAAGCUUGUGAAAAACUACUUUUGCUCUCAUUAUCUCAAAACUGCACUGUCAGGAUGAUGCCUUAAAAAAAUACACUCAAAUCGAGAAAAAUAAGUUUACCUUGUUCCCAAAUUUCAUAUCUAUAACCUGAAAUAGGGACUUCUGUCUUUGCAAGAGACUUACCUUAUGGAAAUUUCAGUCUGUUUUUUUUAUUAUUAUUAUUUAAAAUAAUUUCCACAUCAGCUGGUGAAACAGCAACUAAGAAUUGUUUUUAUGGGAGCUUUGCAGAGGUUCCCUGAGCAGCAUUAUUUUCUAACUGGACUAGUCCAUAUUUUGUUCUCUUCUUUGAAGGAAUGGCAGGAUGUGGGCAGUGAUGUCACUGAGGCAGGGGCAAGAAAAGAGGGGUUAGGGAGAGAAGCUGGCAGGGCAAGGCUGCGAACCCCAGUCCAAGCCUGCUGACCCAACCAGGCUACUGUCAGCUCCUCAGAGAAGAGCUGUUCUCAGCCAGACUGGCACAGUUUUCUGAGAAAGACCAUUCAAACAGUCUCAGGAAAUCAUAUAUGCAAAGCACUGACUUCUGAGUAAAACCACAGCAGUUGAAUAGACUCCAAAGAAAUGAGAGGGAAACUGCCAGCAAUGCAAGGCCCCCAGGUGCCAGUUAUGGCUAUAGGUGCUACGAAAACACAGCAAGGGCGAUGGGAAAGCAUUGUAAAUGUGCUUUAAAAAUACUGAUGUUUCCUAGUGAGAGAAGCAGCUUGGAAGGGAGAUGUGAACACAUCAGCUUGCCCUGUUAAGAUAUGAAAAUAUUUGUAUUGCAAAUCCUAACUUGAAGGAGUCUUUGCAUCAGUUUUUCUUACUGCAUUUCUUUGAGCAUCUAAUUAAAAGAAUAUUUUAACUUUCUUGGACUUGUUUUUAAAAAUUGAAAAUAAGCUACAAAUGUAUAUAAUAUGAUUCCCAUUCUAUAUACUGUGGAAUUUCUCCUGGUCAGUAAUAAAUAUGCCUUCAUUUUUUUCA